UUGUGAUUGUCAGAUAUGUCGGACAUACAAAUACAUCAUAUUUAAGUGAUGAACUAAUGCGUUGUACAUUCCUCAGAUCAUUUGUUGGAAUGUGAAUUAUGCUGUGGAUUCAAACGUUUGUCCACCUCAUCGCACUCAUCUCGAUAGCCAGAUGCAGCGAUAUAACACCUGCCGUAUUUGGGAAUGUGCUGAAUGGCAUGCCAGCGGCGUUUGGAGACUUCAAUUCCGACGAGUUAACAGACGUAUUUAUGCUACGCAAAGAUGGUGAAAAAAAUCAGACGGUGGAAAUAUUCCUGGCGGCUGAGCAGGAACCAUUGCUACGACCCAAGCCAGACCUGAAUUGUUUGUUUAAAGAUCAUGUAACCAGUAUAGUACCAGGUGAUUUUGAUGGUGACGUCUUCAUGGACAUCCUGGUGACGACGUUCAACCGUGACAAGAAGCUCACUUAUGCUCACAUACUGUGGGGUGGUAACGGCCAUCUGAAUUGCAGCAAUGAAUGGAAUCCCUUUAUAGAGAUGCGCGAUCAGCCAUUGGCAUUGGACUACAAUCAAGACAUGAUAAUCGACCUCUUUGGAGUGGACAAAGAAGGCAGAAGGAUGUUCUGGAUAUUUAAUGAAAAUAGAACCACUCCACAUACCGUUGAGAUGCUCAAGGAUAAUUCGAUGCCGCUGGAGCCCGUAAGAAACCCACAUUCCAAUGCCUUUCUGGAUUGGAACAGUGACUUUUUGCCGGAUCUCGUAGUAACCACGAAGAAAUCCUUCGAGAUAUGGUUAGGCACAGAAAAAGGAUUCGAAUUUUCUCAUGAGAUAGAUCUUCCAUAUAAUAUAUCAGUCGAUAAAAAUUUCAAAGGAGAAUUUGGACAGACUCUUUAUCUGGAUGUCGAGCUGACCGGAAAGAUGGCUCUCCUUCUACCAUUGUGUUUUGAUGCGGCCUGUACCAAUUGUACGAUAAUGAUGUACUUGAAUGGAUGGUACAAUCUACGAGUGAACUUCCAUGACCCCAAUAACGUUUUGUGGGGUUUCGUGAAGCCUAAUGGUCAUCGUUACACAGAGACUAUCACUCUACGCGGUGGCGACUUUAACAUGGAUGGCUAUCCAGAUUUGCUAGCGACUCUGCAGUCUGCAAAACAGGCGCAAUCAUUUUUAUUACAAAAUGUGGCGUGCAAUAACUGCGCCGGCUUCAAUCGCACUUUCGAUGUCAAAUGGCAGGCACUGAAUCCGUUCUACAACGAGACCGCGAUGGCAGUGUUUUAUGAUUUUUAUCAGGACGGCAUUUUGGACGUGAUCUUAGUCGAAUUUGACAAGACAAACAACGUCUAUCGCACCGCGGCGUUCAAGAACAGUUUGGACUACGACGCGAACUUUGUUAAGGUGAUGGUGCUCACUGGACGCACCAACAGCAUGUAUCCCAUCUCGCCAGGUUCGCUCGGUAAAAAAAAGAGGACCUACGGCACCAAUUUGCCGGGACCGUCAAUUGCAUACAGAACCACCACACAGGAUGGUAGCCCUCGCAACGCAAUUGCAGCGCAAUUACCCCAGAGCGCACAUUUCUCGCUUAAUUUGCCGUACACCACCUUCGGUUUAGGAAGAACGCCCAAUUUUGUGGAUGCUCUCACGAUAGGGGUUGGCGGCAAAUCACGAGAAUGGCCGCAAAUUAUUCCUAAUUCACAGAUGGUCGUGAUACCGAAUCCGAUUGCUGAACCAUCGAGAUGGAAGGCUCAGCUAUUCGUUACACCCAGCAAGUUAAUUUUACUGAGCGCAGCAGCUUUAUCUGGCACCUGCGCUUUGAUCACGUCUUUAAUUCUCGGUUUGUAUUGGAAGGAGAGGAGAGAAGACAAAAUCGAGAGGCUCCAGGAAGCGCACAGAUUUCACUUCGACGCGAUGUAGGAAAAUUAAUAUAAUAAGAGGA